CCUGACGUAGCAGGAAGUAAACUUGGCAUGUUGAUAGCGGAGGUUGUUUUGAAGUGAAACUGGGCAGUCUAUAUAUGAUGUGAUGGGUGUCCAUGGUCUGACCAGCUAUGUGGAGGGUAACAGGGGCUUGUUCCAGGACAUCAGGUUCAGAGACAGCAGACUUGUGAUAGAUGGCUGUAGUCUGUUCUUCAGGCUCUAUCUAAACCAUGGACUGGAUCAGGUACACGGAGGGGACUACGAUGCCUUCGGCACCCUGCUGUCUACCUUCAUCUCUGCACUGGAGGCCUGCAACAUACAGCCAUAUGUGGUGCUGGAUGGAGGUGUGUGUGUGUGUUUGUGCAACAGGAUCUGUGGCUCACGGAUCGACCUUGUCAGUAACCUCCGAAGCCCCAUAAAUAAAAUCCACUAUAAGAAGCUGUCCACCCUGAGGCAGCGGCUGCAGAGUAAGAUCCGAGAGGCUGAGUCUCUGUCCCGUGGCCGACACGGCUCCGUCCUCCCCCUCCUCACAAGACACGUCUUCAUCCAGGUCCUCUCCCAGCGAGGUGUCCCGUUGGUCCAGUGCCCCGCCGAGGCAGACUGGGAGAUUGCCUGCCUGGCCAAUCAGUGGGAUUGUCCAGUUCUGACCAAUGACAGCGACUUUUACAUCUUUGACUUGCCAGGUGGGUAUAUUCCGUUCGGUUCUUCCAAUGGGCCAGUGUUGCGGUUCCCCUCCAAAUCACUACAUCCCAGCCAGGCGCUACACGAGCCGUCUCUUACCUGGUUCUCUGGAGGCUCAUCCAGGUCGCCAGAGGGGGCCUGUGGGCUGCUACUCCCCUGCCCGCUGCCAGAGUGGCUGUGCUGGGCCGCAGGGAGCGGGCGAUGGCCCCCCUGGUGUUGGGACGUCCUGGAGCUCAGGAGGGUGCUGCUCAUCCCUCAGGUGGAGAACAGCCGACUACCCAGCAGCCACUGCAGCGCCACGGCCAUACGACAGGCCCUCUACGGGAUCCUACUGGCCAAUCAGGAGCAGGGGGAGAGGAGAGAGGGAGAGAGGGGGUGGGGAGAGGGUAACAGGGUCCAGGGACAAGGUGGACAGGAGACCCAACGCUGUGAGUGUGUGUGGAGGGAGUACGACAGACACGAUCUGAACCUGAGGAAGAGCCAGGUGGAGCCACGCACCCCCAGAACCAGGCUACACCUUGAGACACUCUGCCAGGCUCCUGUGUCAGUGCGGCUGGAGGUGCUGUAUGAUGUUCUGGGGGUGAAGGAGUCCUCUCUGUCUCCCCUACCUCCUCACCUCAGGCUGGCCCUUGGAGUGACUGGGUUCUGGAGGAGAGAGGCCAGACCUUUUCCCUCUCUACCCCAGGUACAGGCUCUGCUGCUGGGCAUGGUCCAUGGAGAGAUGGCCCGGAACACCCAUCCUGGACAGAACCAGAACACAGCCGCAGAACGGAACUUGUGGAUGAAGCUUCGCCUGCGGCCAGGAGACAGGCGGGGUUUCGAUGUGGGCGUGGCUCAUUCCCUCAGCCAAUGGCAGGCCUGCCUGUGGAGCGUGCUCAGUUUGAACCAGCUACUGUGUCUGCCCCUGCCUGAACCAGACACAGCAUGGUUAUUCAGUGGUAGUCUGGUCCAUGGUUUGGUUGGACGUCUGAGAGGGGGUUGUUCUCCUGAGUCUGUCCUGGCUGCAGCUCCUCUCUCUGGGCAUAUAUACCGCUCCCUACUGGCUGCUCUGGAGAACUGCACCCUAAAUACACUACCCUCAUCAUCAGGGAGGAGGAAGAGGGGGAAUGGAAGGAGGGGGAGAGGGAGAGGGAGAGGGAGAGGAGGAGGAGAAGGAGGAGCCCCUUCCUCCCAGGAGAUAAACAACAGGUUUGCUCUACUGAUGACUGAGGAGGAUGAAGAGUGAGAGCGAUAGGGGUGAGGAGACUACCUUCUUUCUAGUCAACAUGGUGCUCAUAAAUAAACUUUAUUAUUCUUUUCACAGCUUUAGAGAGAGGAGUGGGAUGAACAGAAAGAGAUGGCCUGUGGUAUAGGCGCACUAUUUUAUAAAGCAUUCAAUCCAUAUGAUUUAAACCCACUCAGGGAAUGCUGCGUUCCAAUGACUAUUCUAAACUAUGAACUUUACUAUCUCUGAUAAAACU